CUGAACCCUUGCACAAGGAAACCAGAGCAGCGUCAGAUAUCUCUGAAACAGGUCUGCAAAAUGUGCUACUUUAAAUUUGCCAACUUGUAAAAAUGGCUAACAACACAAACCACCGUCCAAAAAGCCUUGACAUUGCCAGUCUUACUUUAGGUGCUUUCUCUCAGCUGUCUAUGGAGUCUGAAUCAACACCGCCAAGGCCCAUACGAGUUCAGUUUCAGAUUGGGCUCCUUAGAGAGGGUGUACGAAUACCUGAGGGACACCUAACCUUGCAAGACGCCAAACGUCUUGCAGCAGAACUAAUUGAGAGGAAGGCUCCGGACUGCAGUGUUAUUGGUUUGGGUGAAAAGCUGCUGUUAUUCAGACAUGAGCCCAACACAGAGCAGAUCUUACACAUACUGACUGACCAGCAUGACAUAAAUGAUGGAGAUCUGCUGGAGGUAGUGCUCGCUGGCACAGCUUCUGUGACUGAGGUUAAAUACCGCCCGCAUUCCUUAAACGUCCACUCAUAUCGCACACCUACUUUUUGUAACCAGUGCGGUGAGAUGUUAUGGGGACUGGUGCGACAGGGCCUGAAAUGCGAAGGCUGUGGUUUAGACUUCCAUAAGCGCUGUGCAUACAGCUUGCCCAAUGACUGCUCUCGUGUGUAUAGGCGUUGUGGGCCCAGCCUGUCACUCUUUCCUCCCGGCAGGCCACGGGUCACGUCCCUUUCAAAUCACACGGGUGGAAGCUUGGAAGAGAUUAGCAUGACAAAACCAUCACGCUCACGGCCUCCAUCCUGGGCAGAUGUGCCGGUGUCAGUUGGGGUCUUUGAAGGAAAGGAAAGCCGACCUCACGUACCUCACACUUUCCACAUUCAUACCUACACUAAACCAACUGUCUGUCAGUACUGCUUUCGACUGCUUAAGGGACUUUUCCGACAGGGGAUGCAGUGUUCAGACUGUAAGUUCAAUUGCCAUCGUAGAUGUGAAUCUCUUGUUCCUCCUGAUUGUAAGGGUUAUAAAGCCAACGGUGAAGAACCUGACGUGUCUGAUGUGACAGUGGUGUCAGUAAACACUCUUUAUGAAGAGCUGCCGUAUAAAGAUCGACCACCUGCUGACGACCUAAAGACACUGCGGCCCCCUGCCACUCCAUGUUUCAGCAAUAAUAUUCCUCUGAUGCGAGUCUAUCAGUCAGUAAAACACAAUAAAAGGAGAUCCAGUGGAGUGUUGAGCAAUGGCUGGUUAAUACACCACACCAGCACUGAUGCACUAAGAAAACGGCACUACUGGGUAUUAGAUGGGAAAAGUAUCACCCUGUACCCAAACGAAAACAGCAACAAGUUCUAUAAGGAGAUACCACUCUCUGAAGUACUCCAGAUUCGAGGCCGGGGUCAGCUUACUGUGCCUGUGUUACCAGGCAAUGCCGGGCACUCGUUUGAGCUGGUGACAAGCUCUCUGGUGUACUGUGUGUUUGCGGAUCAAGAGGGCCCGUCUUGGGAGUCGGCCCUCAAACUGGCCCUAAGACCUGUUCAGGGGACCACAGAUGACACAACAGUCACCAAAGGUGACAAAGACCACAAUAAAGAGUCCCAGGACAUCAGUGAGCUUUAUCAGAUCUUUUCCGAUGAAGUGUUAGGUUCAGGUCAGUUUGGGGUGGUGUACAGCGGCACUCACAGGCAGACGGGACGGCCGGUUGCCAUUAAAGUCAUCGAUAAAACCAGAUUUCCCACCAAACAAGAGAAACAGACUGAAAAUGAGGUCUCAAUAUUGCAAAAAUUGUCUCAUCCUGGAGUAAUUCAUUUGGAGGGAAUGUUUGAGACACCAGUACACACUUUCUUUGUAAUGGAGAAACUCCAUAGCGACAUGUUAGAGAUGAUUUUGUCUCAUGAGAAUGGGCGUCUGCCGGAACGCACCACCCGUUUUCUCGUCAUACAGGUUUUGGAAGCUUUGAGAUACCUGCAUAUGAGACACAUUGCACACUGUGACCUGAAACCAGAAAAUGUGCUUCUGGCCUCACCUGAUCCUUUUCCUCAGGUAAAACUAUGUGACUUUGGUUUUGCUCGUAUCAUUGGGGAGAAAUCAUUUCGGCGCUCUGUAGUUGGGACACCUGCAUAUUUGGCACCUGAGGUUAUCAAUAACCAUGGCUACAAUCGCUCUCUGGACAUGUGGGCGACAGGGGUGAUUUUAUAUGUCAGUCUGAGCGGGACUUUUCCUUUCAAUGAGGAUGAAGACAUUAAUCAACAGAUCACCAAUGCUUCUUUCAUGUAUCCAAGGCAACCAUGGUCCCUCAUCUCACUGGAGGCUGUGCAUCUGAUCAAUAACCUGCUACAGGUGGUUAUAAGACGCAGAUUCAGUGUUGGCAAAGCGAUGGGUCACCCUUGGUUUCAGAACUUUCAGAUGUGGUGUGACCUCAGAGAGUUUGAGCAACAAAUGGGGUAUCGCUAUCUUACCCAUGAGGCAGAUGACAAGCACUGGAGAUCUUAUGCCCAGGAGAAAAACCUCAGUUUUCCAGAACAUUUAGCAGAAACAGAAAGUGAAGAAAAAGAAGAUAAGCUGAUAGCCAUAUAGAUUUUACUCUGACUUUAAUGUGAAUAUUGUAUUAUGUAAGCAAACUUGUGAAGCUGCUGCGUUGUACACAGUAUCUAAUUAUUGGCUUUAAUUAAUCUUGGGUAUAUUUUUCAGUAAAAGACAAAAGAAAGAACUUGUUGUUUUUUCAAAUCAUAA